AUGGCCUCGCUGUUGUCGGGUGUGCGCAUGUCGCACUGCAAGCAUGGCCACGUCGGGGAGGACGACAUCUAUCCAGACACCGACUACCCACUCCGGCCAGCGGUUGAACCGUGGGACAUUGCUACAUCCUACCCAUAUCCCAGGACCUUUUCAAAGACGGUUAACGAGGGGACAUGGCUCCGUAUCGCUACACAUCCGACCAGGAACGAGAUCGUCUUUGACAUGCUCGGGGACCUGUACUGCAUGUCGACAGAGGAGGGUCAGUCGCCGGUCGUUCAGGCACACGCUUUCCUGCCGGGCAUUCCAUUUGACAAGGAGGCCGAAUUCUCGAGCGAUGGCUCGCAGCUGGUCUUUAUCUCGGACGCUGGAUUCGGCGUCGACAACAUCUGGACCUUGCCGUAUACCAGCUGUGCUGACAUGGCGCGCCUCAGCGCCCAGGAGGUCAGAGAUAUGACAGUCCAGCAGACAAACGCGACCUUCAGAUUCUUCUCCAGCCCAGCUAUUCACCCUACUGAGCCCAAGAUCCUCGCGACCAAGUGGUAUCUGACAGGCCGUCCCAACGGUGCCGGGGAGAUCUGGGAAUUCCCCCUGCGGACGACACAAGAGCUGAGAGGCUCACUGCCUGAGAGAGACGGGAGGCGCAUUGUGGGACGGAAACUUCCAGGAACAUGGCCACCAAAACGCUACCCUGAGAGCCAACUCGGCGCCGAACAGGCGAGGUACAGCCCGUCCGGAGACGGCAUCAUCUUUACUCGGAACGUCAAAGAUGACGACGAGGGGAAGUUCUCGUACAACAAAGACGUCCAUGCCGGCAUCAACGCAGUGUUCCUCUUCAAUACGAGCACGGCCGAGAGCACACAGCUCGUCGCAGCCGCCGCCAGUGCCGCCAACAAACCAGCGAGCCCGGGCGGCGCCAACAUGCCACGCCUCUCGCGUGAUGGGCGCACGCUCGCCUUUGUGCGCCGUGUUGACGACAAGAGCGUCCUGGCUCUCAAGGAUAUGCAGUCAGGAACAGUACACUACCUCUGGGACGGCUUGACAUAUGACCUGAGCACUAUUCCUGCCUUCAUGGGCGCCUAUCCCAAUUACGGCUGGGCAGCCAAUGACACCUCACUUGUCAUCUGGUCUCAAGGUCACAUCUGGCAGAUUCCCGUCGCGCAGAAUGCCCGAGGCGAAAGGAUCAGAGGAGGACCCCCUCCCAAGAUGAUUCCUUUCCGGGCAGAUAUUGUCAUGGCCCUGGGGACCACGAGGUACAAUGAGAAUAAUCAGAUUCGUGCAGCUGCUCUCAGUAGCUCGCUUCAGGUGAGGUCACUACGGGGCCUUCGAAGUGACCAUCUUGGACAGAGUUUAGUCUUUGAGGCUGCUGGCGAUAACUUUGUCGUUAAUGUUUCCUCCGCGAAGGAGGAUCUGGUUCUUCUGCCGAAGCCCGAAGCCUCGAGAUCGUGCUAUGGGCCCUCAUUUAUUCAAGGCUCUUCUUUCAUUCUACAAGCAUGCUGGGAUACUCGCAAUCUCACCACAUUUUUCUUGACAGACCCAAUGUCGGCCGUCAUCCAGCCAAUCAGUGGCAUACCAAGGGGCCGCUACUUGUCGCCCGUCAGCAAUGGCGAUUGGAUCUUCUACGUGCGGACGGGCAAGGACUACAUGUUUGGCGACGUGGAAGAGACCUUUGGCGAGGGUAUCUGGAUGGGCAAGCUGUCGCUCUCUUCAGCUCAUGUCUCCAGGCUCACUCAUCUUAGGUCCCUGCGGUCCAGCCAAGAGACCAAGCUAGAGCUCAGGAAUGUUCACGGACGGCCUAUGCUCCUCGUGCAGGACCCAAACUCGGUGGUCGAGUACGACAUCGAGACAGGUGCGCUGAGAACAAUCACCACGGGAAAGACUUCCGUCGAGAUGACUGCUGCAUCGAACCUGACCAAUACAAUCUUGGCAUUUCGUGAUUUCCAACACAUAUGGCUCUGUGCGAGCAUGCAGCAGAAGCUUCUCGGAAUAUGGAGCAAGCCAGGCGAUGCGCAAACUCCCAAGGACCUUGUAAGGCUGUCAGAGCACGGCGGGCAUGAUGUGGUCAUCAGCGGUGACGCAAGAACUGUUUUCUGGCUGUUUGGGCCACGCCUGUACUCUGCAGACAUCCAGAGGGUGAUCUCUGCCUGCGAGCACGCCAAUCUGCAGGCUCAAGACACGGGCGAGUGUGCUCUGCCAUAUGUGUUCAGCAGAUACCUAAAUGCCACUUUUGACACUGCUCUUUCUGAGCAGUUCAGAAUCUCUGGCGGCUCAACGUUUGCCAUCACAAAUGCUUCCCUCAUUAGCAUGGACCCGUCGGCCCCGAGGAUAGUACCGAAUGCCACCAUUGUGCUCGACAAGGGGGCGAUUAUCAAGGUCGGUACCGGGUCUGAAAUCGACAUCCACCCAGGGGCUCACGUUCUCGAUGUUGAGGGCGGAGCUGUGCUGCCCGGCUUUGUUGAUAUCCACGGCCACUGGGGCGGCUUCAUCAACCCCUACCCCCAGCCAUCUUGGGAGAUGGAGACAUUUUUGGGCUACGGCGUAACCACCAUCCACAACCCAGCGUCCAAGAAUGUGCAUGGCAUGGUCGAGCGCAGUUUGAUUGAAAAGGGUCGCAUGUACGGCCCUCGCGUCUUCCACACCGGCGAUGUUCUCUAUGGGUCCACACAGGCGCCCGUAUAUACUGAGAUCAAUUCGCGGGCAGAAGCAAGGUCAGCACUCCUGCGCAUCAAAACCGAAGGGGGCGACUCAUCCUUCUCCGCCAAGAACUACCAGCUUUCCGCACGUUCUGCCCGCCAACGCCUGCUCCUAGAGGCUACUGAACUCGGUAUGUUGAUCGUUCCCGAGGGGGGCUGGUCGCUGGACUGGGACCUGACGUACUUUAUCGACGGAUACACGAGCCUUGAACACCCCGUUCCAGUGCCCGAGCUUUACGAUGACGUCCUCUCGCUCAUCUCUGCGAGUGGCAGUUCGUAUACGCCGCUUGCCGUCAUGAACUACGGAGGCAUCUUCGGACAGCACUGGAUCCACCAGACCGUCGAUAUCCCCGGUGACAAGAAGCUUCGCAACUAUGUGAAGCACGACAUCCUUGAGAGCCUGACAGAGGUCAAGCAGGCACCCAAGAGCUCGUAUCAAUUCUUCAACACCACAAAAUCUACAGCCAAGCUCGCGAGCCGAGGUGUCCGUACCAAUGUUGGUGCCCACGGCGAGCAGCCCAUCGGCCUACUAUACCACUCCGAGAUGCUCAUCAUGUCCCUGGGAGGCCAGGAGCCGUAUGAAGUCCUGCGUCAUGCCACCAUCGGUAGUGCUACUUCUCUGGGCCUGGGUCAGGUCGUCGGAUCCGUCGAAGGUGGAAAGCUAGCCGAUCUGGUCAUAUACCCGCCAGAGGCUGACAGCAUUGAGAACCUGUGGAAGAACAGCAUGCAUAUGAAAUACGUCAUGCGUGGAGGCACGUUGUUCUCUGUCGAGGACGGCUUGGUCGAAGUAUGGCCGAGAGCCGGGCGCAGACAGGAACGAGCCCGCCUCAACCCUGAAGACGAGAUUCCCUUGUGAAAGAGGUUGACAGGUAUUUGAAUCUAGCUGUAGAAUGUAGCCAUCGAAUCAAAUGACUCAGACGUUUUCGCGCUC